GGUGGUGGUGGUGGUAACGUUGGUGGUGGUGGUGGUGGUGCUGGUGGUGGUGCUGGUGCUGGUGGUGGUGGUGGUGGUGGAGGUGGCGGUGGAAAAGCUGGAACUUGUGAGGAGGGUAAAAGCUCCAGUACUGACACUAGUGUGCUUGAUCCUGCUGCACGCAAGCAGCAGCAGCAGCAGCAGCAGCAGCAGCAGCAGCAGCAGCAACCACAGCCACAGCAGCAGAGCAGAUUUGACAGGAUGCCACCCCGAUUCCAGAAGCGCAGAGAAUAUGAGCGCCAGAGAGGAGGAACUCCUGGCAGUGGCGGGAGCAGCAGUGCCAAGAAGGGGCGGAGUGGUGUGACCUCUGUCAGCGGCUCAGGCACUGCGGCACUAACUCCAGCAGCCCCAGCAGUGGCCAAACCCAUGACCAAGGAAGGUACACCGGAGACCACCGAGGAGGCUGACUGGGAAACUGCCUCUGAGAGCAGUGACCCAGAGGCCCGCAAGGAAAACAAGGAGAAGUGCAGUGUGGCAGUGAGCAAAGUGGAUCAGCGAGGCAAGGGAAGCAAGCUGGAUAGGAAGUGGGCCCCUGCGCCAGGAGGUGGGGGUGUAGCACAGGGACGUAACACUCUUGGCAAGGAGUCUAGAACCGAGGGCCAAGGGGUUCCCCAAAAUAAUAGCCAGCAGAGGUUUGGUGAGAAGAAGGCUCCGCAUAAAAAUGAGAAAAAUAAGAAUCCAACUUCAGGUGGAAAGGGCACUAAACCUGAAACUACUGUCAAUCAAGUACAUGAAAUAAAGUUAGACCCUACUUUGGUACAUCAGGCUCUUUCUGAAGUCAACAACAAAAGUAAGCCCAAGCAAGAGAAAGCCAACCCAUUGGAGGGCAUCGACUUGAAUAAUUAUGCUAGCGUGGUGAUAGUUGAUGACCAGCCUCAAGUGUCGGAGCUCAUUGGGGACCUUGCUGACUCCAACGACGGGUUCCAGGAGGUUACGCGGCGCAAGUCUGGCAAGGAGAAACAGAAGACACAAGCCCACGAACCAGUACCAGUCACCUCUACCUGCGAGCCAGUGCCUGUGGGAUCUGCUAGCACGGCUGGCCCUGCUCCUGCACCUGCCACCAAGAAGCAACAGGAGAAGAAGAGGAGUCGCUCUAGCAAGGCUGAGCGUGGCUUUGAGCGGUCUAGGCAGUGCAAACUUCCUCCCAGGCUGGCCAAGCAACGGGAGAACAACCGCAUCAAUGCCAUGAAGUCUGUUGGCUCGUGUAGCCCAAUAGAGUCUCCCACUAACUCCCUGUUCUCUGUGAAGGAUGCCACAACCAUCCCCCCACCACCAAAGAAUGCCUGGGACAAGCCCCUCACUGCUACGCUAAGGGCAAACUCACCCUCCCAGGCCCCAGCUGUCGGGGAAGGUACCAACCAGCCUGGUGUCAAACCGGCCUCCUUUGACAACCACGACAGUGGUGUGGAGAUCAGCGACCAGCCCAACUCAGCCGGCAGCAGCCAGCGGUCCAGCCCUAGUGACGAUCCCACCAAUUUUUCCAAAGUGGAUAAGAGUACUUUGGAUGGCACCUCAGUGCCCUCACAGACCAUCAUUUUUGAGAACACAAACUUCAAGGCUGCUGGCUCUGUGAAUGCCACAGUGGGUGCUGAGUACAAGGCUAAAUUUGGUGAAGCUCCAAAGCCCCAGCGACAACGGGAGAGCAGGGACAGGAAGAGUGUUUCCCCGGAUAACACACUACCCCUUAAAGAGGACAAGGAGAAGAAGACUGACAAACCAGAACCCAUUGAACUGCCUCUCAACUUCACCAAGGUGAGUGAGGAAGCUGCUCCUGACAUGAAGCUGGACUUCACUUUUGACUCGGAGUUAGCUGAAGUUUCUGAUUCUGUGAGCACCAAAGGAAUAAGUCUCCCAAGGCCCUUGGUGAUGACCUCUAGCAGCAUGCAGAGUCCUAUCUCUCCCUCAACUGAUGACCUCAACUUGAAAAUAGCCUCUGUCAAGAAGGUAUGGGAGACGAUGGCGCCAGUGCCGGAGCAUGCCGAGGAUGUCACCAGUUCCGUGUCCUUCUCCACGCCCAGCUUCUCUGCUGUGGACAGUGUGGCUGGCCUGGACCACUCCCCAGCCCUGGAAGCAUCCUUCACACCCAAGGAUGCAGGCUCAGUUGGCUCGUGUGAGGACCAUAACCAGGAUGUGAGUGGGUAUCAGGGAGGCUCUCCCCUGCAGCAGGGAGCUGGUAUGGGCAGCAGUAUGGUGUACACCUCAUCUGGUGUGGCCUACACCUCCUCAGCUGCUGCAUCCCUAACCAAGGCUGAGGUGAGCAGGUCUGGCAAUGUUUGCAAGGUGAAGCCCCAGCAGCAGGCAGCCAGCAGCUCUGUGUCUCCAGGACCUGCAGGCUCUUCCCUGGGCAUCACUGGCUCCUUAUCACCCCCUCUGGUCUCGGGCUCCACAGGGCCAUCCAACAACAGCAUGUACCCAACACUGGGGGGCACUGCUGCCUUUGGUGGUAUUGGGGGAGCUAUUCCUUCACCACCUAUGGUGUUCAAUUCCAAUCCCCAGACAGGAUUGUACCAGCCUUUCCUGGAUGGCACUCCAGUGAUUGGCCAGAGAGGUGCCUCACAGUUCUCUCAGUAUCCACCCUAUGGACUGGGACAAAGUCUAGGAAGCAAUGCUUUUGGGCAGCAAUCCAUGUUCUUACAGACACCCCCUCCCCUUACAACACCGGAUCUGUACACCAACAAUCUGUCCCAGUACAGGCUUCAACCCACAGGAGUCACAGGCUUUGGACAGAGCCAGCCGCAAAACCAGAACACUGUGCUUAUUUCAACAGCAUCAAACUCCCUCAUGUCCUCGGCAGUGAAACCUUCAACACAGACGUUUGGCAACUCUCAGCAGAACUUUGGCACUAUUGGGUCCAAGGCUGGCACACCAUUCCAGCAGAGUGGCUUGGGCACUGCCCUACAAGGCGGUCCUCAGCCCUCGCAGUUGUACAUAUAUGAUCCCAGCCAAUCCAUGGGUUUGCUUGGGUCUCAGCUGGUGCCCAGACCUGGAGUACAAAACUCUGUCAUCCAGGCAAUACAGCCUCCAAGUUCUUUCUAUUCCAACAAUGGUGGGGGAGCACCUGGAGCUCCUCCAGCAGCACCACCCGCAGGCCCUGGGGGUCCCCAGCAGGCAGCGGGAUUCUAUACUGCCUCAGGAUCACCACUUCAGGCAGCAGUGCAGCAGCAGGCACAGCCUCCACUGCAGACACCACCUGCAGCAUUUGGCCUGCAGGGCUUUGGUAACCAGUCUCAGCCUGGACCUGCUGGUGUAGGAAUGCAGGGAUUUGGCUCCAGCAUGAGCCUGGCAGCCCAGCAGCUGGGAGCUCAGGCAUUCCGGGGUGGCCCCACACUCCAGCCCAGUUUCCUCAAGUCCCUGCAGCCAGGGGCUAGCAUUCAGGACACUUCCCGUCAGCAGCUGAAGUCCCCGGGGGCGGCACAGAACUCUUUCUCCACGUUUUUUCCCCCGUCAAGCAGCAUAUCAUCAACUGUGAACAGCAGCAACAGUAACAGCACCAGCAGCCAUGGUGGGUCCAGUGUGCCACAAAUCUCGUCCCCAAAGGCACAGAACAGAAAAAUGCCUAGUCAGCCAGGCUUGGCACACCAGAGCUCAAACAGGAGUUCAUCAUACCCUACUCAGAAUACCUCUCAGAUGAUGGCUGGGAGCCUGAGGUCUUCAGGGAUGGUGAUGAGUCUUCGUGGCCAGCUGCCCAUGGCCACCCAGGGUGGGCUCAGUGGUCCAACUCCUCCCAUGGCUACCAACAACCGCUAUCCAAAUCCAGGGCCAAUCCAGCGGCCCCCAGCUUCCCAGGGUACCGGUUCCAACACAAGCCACCGCAGUAGCCGUGGCCAGUCACAGGGCCAGCAGCAGCAGACACAAACUCAGCAGCGAACUUCCAACCCACCAAGCUCUGCCCAACAGGCCAAACUGAGAGCUGAUGCCCUGAGCACUACACAGGCUUUCUUCAACAGGGAUGCUGGCAAGUCUGAGAAAAAAGAAGAAAAGCCAGCUGAGACUACCGUGUCAGGCAAGGAGGAGCUGACGGCUGACAAGGUGUCUGCUGCGUCAUCUAGUGUGGGUGACGGUCCACCCAAGUGAAGUGGACGCAACCUGUCUCAAGCUUCCAGUGUAAAGCUCUCACUCCUCUGCUGGAUACAUUUACAAACCUCAAGGAAAUUAAUUUGUGAUUUAUUUUCAUUUUUUUCUACAUGUUUGUUUUUCCUGUGAACCAGAAUCUUGUGAAAAUACUUCAUCAGUGGUAAUGCAAGAUUUGCUGUGGUAGAAAAUAAUAAUCGUUUAUCUCUUUGUAGAAAAGCAAAGUGCAUAUUUUUCUUGUGAACUUUGUUUUCCUCCACUUGAACAAGCUUGAGUGCUGUGCUAGAAACAUAGACACAAGUGAUGCUAUGGUUUCUUUAGAAGUGUACAUGCAGAUGGAUGGUGCAAAUUUUACUUUGGGUUGAUUUUCAUAUUGUCAGCUAUGGACUUCUGGUAUUUGGGAUGAGCACCUGUGCUUUGUUAUAAUUUACUGUGGAAAAUUUGCUAUAUUCAUGCAAAUAAGUUAAAUGGGUAAUGCACACAAGUCUCUUAUAGUUUAUCUUGGAUAUAUGCUCCACAUUGAUUACUGGAGUUAGUACAUUGUAGUGUUAGAAAUGUGCUUAUUGAAGAGGUUGUCUCCUCUUAGAAAAAUAUGCUGCAUAUGACAAUGUUUACAUAUGUAAAGUAUUGCUGAUCAUUAAUUUUGUUUACAUUGAGGCAUACAAAAACAUUAGGUUUUUGUUGAACUACUUCUAUUCUACUACUACUACUACUACUACUACUACUACUACUACUACUACUACUACUACUACUACUACUACUACUACUACUACUAUACUAUACUAUACUAUACUAUACUAUACUAUACGACUACUACAUGUUGAGGCAGUGUGAAUCCUGUGACCAGAAGGCUGGCUGGUGGGCUCUCUCAUCAGAGUGGCUUCAGCCACAUAACCUGGCCAUUUAGGAGUGAUGGUACGUUGCAUUGACUUAACUGCUUGCUGCCCACGGCGCAAACUUGCUGCUGGGGAACCUGGGGCCACCAAUAACAUUAGGGGACACAUGGCGACAGAAUACACCCCUUUGUUAUGUGUACGUAGGGGGAGCACAGCAUGUACGACCUCUUGGGUGGGCUGCCACUGCCCCGGACAGUUCAUUCCAGUAGGGCAGCUGUGUUACCAAUAUAUUACUACUACUGUAUAUCUUGAGGCAUUUUACCACGUGUAUAUGACUUGUAUUGUUCCCUUGUUGUUAUACGCUGUUGAGGAGCACACUGUAUGGGCAACUCGGGGGAAGGCUUGAUGUGGCUUGAUGUGGCUUGAUGUGGCCGUGAGGGAGUGUGGCAGGGAGGAACAACAAUAAUAGCAACAUCAACUGCAGCCUUCCCAGCCCAGCAGAGUUGCUAAACUCCCUUGUGGCACGCCUGUGUAAGAGUCUUUUAUUUGAUUGCCCCCUCAACCCCCACAUACCACAGAAUGAAUGGGACUCUUUUCAUCCCCUCAGCUUUUAUACUGAUGGAGAGGUGAGGGGACUCUGUACCCCCUACUCACUACUCAUAGCAGCAAGCUCAACACACCUUGUGUAGUUGUCUUAUUGCAAUAAACUCAAUGUCUCAUAA